GUCUCCUGUCGGCCGAUACGAGCAGCAGCAGCAGCAAAGAUGGCGGCCUUCACUGUGACUCGGAGCAGCUGCGGACUGUUGAACGGGCUGCGGACGUCUUUCCGGGGUUUGGCGCAGGUGAAACAUGGCGCGGCCGCAGCCUCGGUGCAGCAGACCCGCCUGCGGCCCGACAGACGCUGGUACUCGGCCGGCCACCCCUCCGUGAGGGAGCGGAUCGAGCAGAAACGGGAGGCGGCGCUGGUCGGUGGAGGUCAGGGGAGAAUAGAUGCUCAGCACAAGAGGGGGAAGCUGACAGCCAGGGAGCGUGUGGCGCUGCUGCUGGACCCCGAGUCCUUUGUGGAGACGGACAUGUUUGUGGAGCAUCGCUGCUCCGACUUCGGCAUGGAGCAGGACAGAAACAAGUUCCCGGGCGACAGCGUGGUGACAGGCCGAGGACGGAUCAACGGCCGACUGGUCUAUGUGUUCAGUCAGGACUUCACAGUGUUUGGCGGCAGUCUGUCUGGAGCUCACGCACAAAAGAUCUGUAAGAUCAUGGACCAGGCCAUGAUGGUGGGAGCUCCGGUCAUCGGGCUGAACGACUCUGGAGGAGCUCGGAUCCAGGAAGGGGUGGAGUCUCUGGCUGGAUAUGCAGAUAUAUUCCUGAGGAAUGUGUUGGCCUCUGGAGUCGUCCCUCAGAUCUCCCUUGUCAUGGGUCCCUGUGCAGGAGGAGCUGUCUACUCCCCCGCUCUGACAGAUUUCACUUUCAUGGUUAAGGACACAUCGUACCUGUUCAUCACGGGACCUGAUGUUGUGAAGUCUGUCACCAACGAGGAUGUGACUCAAGAGGAGCUCGGUGGAGCCAAGACACACACCUCUGUUUCUGGCGUCGCUCAUCACGCGUUUGAGAACGACGUUGAAGCCCUCCUCAACCUGCGAGAGUUCUUCAACUUCCUGCCUCUCAGCAAUCAGGACCCCGCCCCCAUCAGGGAAUGCCACGACCCCAGCGAUCGUCUGGUAGCUUCACUGGACACCAUCGUCCCGUUUGAGUCAACCAAAGCCUAUGACAUGCUGGACAUCAUUCAGUCAAUCGUGGAUGAGAGAGACUUCUUCGAGAUCAUGCCCAACUAUGCCAAGAACAUCGUGGUGGGGUUCGCCCGUAUGAACGGACGCACUGUGGGCAUCGUGGGCAACCAGCCCAAAGUGGCUUCUGGGUGUUUGGACAUCAACUCCUCGGUGAAAGGCGCACGCUUCGUACGCUUCUGCGACGCCUUCAAUAUUCCCAUCAUCACUUUUGUGGAUGUUCCAGGCUUCCUGCCAGGAACUGCUCAGGAGUACGGAGGCAUCAUUAGACACGGAGCCAAACUGCUCUUUGCUUUUGCAGAGGCCACCGUCCCAAAGAUAACCAUCAUUACCAGAAAGGCUUAUGGAGGAGCCUAUGAUGUGAUGAGCUCCAAACACCUGAGAGGAGACGUGAACUACGCCUGGCCCACAGCUGAGGUUGCUGUCAUGGGUGCAAAGGGUGCCGUUCAGAUCAUCUUCAGAGGGAAGGAGAACCAGGCGGAGGCCGAGGCCGAAUACGUGGACAAGUUCGCCAACCCCUUCCCAGCUGCCGUUAGAGGGUUCGUCGAUGACAUCAUCGAGCCGUCGACCACUCGCAGGAAGAUCUGCAGAGACCUGGACGUGUUGGCCAGCAAGAAGCAAGUCAACCCCUGGAAGAAACACGCCAACAUUCCUCUGUGAAAACACACCCGGACACAUUUCCACAUCGACACUAUUAAAGGCACUCGCUGUGGGAUUCUUCCUGUGUGUCGAGUCAACGUGCACAUAAACUGCAGCGAUUCCCCGUGAUGACGACUCUGGUGGCCCGCCAAGCAGAUGUUAGUCGUCACUUCGGACUGUUUCCCAUUGCUGUUGAUUUUAAAACUGUCAGUUUCCACUCCACUAAAAGCAGCACACAGAGACGCACUCCCUGAUUUUGUUCAUGCUUUAAAAGUGGCUCCAGAUUCCCUAAUCCAAUUUCCUCCAAGCCCACCGCUUAUUUGUAAAAAGCAUCAACCUCGAGCUGUGGGAAAAUGUUUUUGGGGUUUGAACAAAAUCAGGAGUGCAGUGUAUUAACAUCUAUAUUCAAGAUGUUAUUGAGAAUUAACACAUUUUACAGCACCCGAAUACACGAUUUUCGAGACAGUAGUGACCAUAUUGGUCACUAGUGAUGGUGUUAACUGAUAUUAUUAGAAGAAGGCUGCAUAUGAAAGAGCAGAUUACAUGUUGCUGAGCAUCUGAGAAAAUGCAGGCAACUAUCAUCAUGAGAGUUUAAGCAGAAAAUGGUCCGUUGUCAUUUAUAGUAUUUCCAAACCCGGUUAAUGUGCCGUUUUAAGUUUUUCUUCUAGGUUGAACUGUAGUUUGCACUUUCAGCUGCAAUCCCUUGUGUUAGACGUCGUCUGUUUAGGUCCAGAAAGAGUCGCUCUCACGCCCUGGAACUGUGCCUUUUCUCUCCGGCAGACUUUGUUCUGCCAUGUGUAAAAUAAACCAUGAAAUCACCACCAUGUGCGUUUUAUUUACCUCUAACACAGCAUUUUACGUCGGCGGCCGAGGUUUUAAAACGAACUAUAAAUGAAAAUUGAUUUUAAGACUAAAAUAAAAUGGUUUGAAAGUGGA